GUAUAGCGCGUCUCAGCUCCUACUCAGUGUAUAUCCACAGUGCAAUCCUGAAUCAUACAUCGGUCUGGCGGCAGGGGCGCAACCCGCUUUCCGCUUCCAGGUUUUCAAACGUAUACCUCUCGUUCAUGUCUUACAACUAGUAACUACUCAGCGUAGGUACAAUUUUAUAGUAGUCGUAGAUAUACACGCGCGUUUGAGCCUCGAAUGGCGCGGAAAGGUGUUUUUCCUGUGCUGGCGGUGGCUGCUGUGCUUGCUUGUGCAAACGCAGUUGCUACGGUAACCAUCUACCAGAACUCCGAUAUCCUUGCCAACCCCGAUGACGUCCUGGUUUAUCUUCUGGACGGCCUGAACACGGGCGAGGGGCUGCAGGUGGCCACGGUGGGCCAGCAGCCCGCGGACCUGCUGGCGGGGCUGACGGAGUGGCCCUCCGCCUACAUCAUCCCGCCGCAGGUGCGCUCCGACGCCUCCGCCUGGGGCGACAGCCCCUACGCCUUGGCCGAGGGCCUGGCGUCCGACGGCCCGCUGGACGCCCUGCGCAACUACGUGCACGCCGGCGGCAACCUGGUACUGCUGGCGGGCGGCAGCGGCGGAGGAGGCGGCCUGGGGCUGUCGGUGGCGGCGGCGGUGCUGGACAGCCCCAUCGGCUGCCAGCGCGCCGAGGCGCUGCCCGGCCUGCUGUUGGGCCAGUCCACCACCAGCCCCCACGUGCCCUACCUGCCCGGCCUGGAGGUCAUCGAGCUGGACCCGCAGGCAGCCAACUCGCAGGCGCUGCUGGUGUGCGACGACAUGGCCGGCGCCGCGCCCUGGUUCGAGGGCUGGGACGACGUCGCCAUGCGGCCCCUGACCGCCGCGCUGAUGUGGACCUACGGCGCCGGCCGGAUCACGUGGAUCGGCGCGGGCCUGGAUUCGGAAUCCAGCGCACAGGCCUGGCUGCCUGUGAUCAAGUCCGCCGUGUCAGCUACGCCCGUUCCCGUGGCUGGCGCCACGCACCCCAAGCCCAGCCCCGGCCCCAUCGCCAUGUACGGCGGUUACGGCGGUUACGGCGGUUAUUACGGCACCCCGCCCCCGGCCGUGUCGUACCCCUCGCCCGCUCCGCCCACGUACGGCCCGUACGGCGCCUACCCCUCGCCCGCGCCCGCCUACUCGUCCCCGGCCAUGUCCUACCCACCCCCGGCCGUGUCGUACCCGCCUCCGGCUGUGUCCUACCCGCCCCCGGCUGUGACCAAGUCUCCAUCCCCGUCACCGGAGCCCUCGCCCGAGCCUGAGCCCUCGCCGGUUCCCGAGCCUGAGCCCUCGCCGGUUCCCGAGCCUGAGCCCUCGCCGACUCCCGAGCCUGAGCCCUCACCGGCCCCCGAGCCUGAGCCCUCGCCAGAGCCCAAGCCAUCUCCGUCUCCGGCGCCCGGCCCCUCUCCCUCGCCCCCUCCCCCGUUGCCUCCCCCUCCUACUCCCCCUUCCCCGUCGCCGCCUCAUCCCCCUCCUCCCCCCUCGCCUCCCCCUCCUACUCCCCCUCCCCCCUCGCCGCCUCCACCCCGGUCCCCUCCUCCCUCGCCCCCUCCUCCGUCACCUCGCCCUCCCUACCCGUCGCCAUCUCCUGUUGACCCGCGGGGCGGUAAGGGCCUGGGCGCCGAGCCCGCCGGCUGCUUCAAGACCAGCGGCGUGGUGCUGGCCGAGGGCAACGCCGCCACCGCCCAAGCCUUCGACCCGCUGGCCUGCGCGGCGCUGGUGCACGGCGACGGCAGCUACUCCUAUGUGGGCUUCGCGGAGGGGAACAAGUGCUACGGCUACAAGAAGCAGCAGCCGCCCGGUGACAGCGCCAAACUCACCACCUGCAAGGCAUGCCAGAACUCCAAGUUUUCCGCUGACAUGUGCGGCGGCAGUGGGGCCAUGAGCCUGUACAGCCUGGAGGAGCUGUUCCCCGCGGUUCCGCCGCCCGCCAGCGACUACACGCCCCCGCCUAUGGACAGCUGAGCGGCCUCGCUACCAGACCUUCCCCGAGUGCAGGGCAGUGGUAUACAUGGUUGAAAUGGGCGGCGGCGUGCGGAGCUGCCACCGCCCAGGAUCCUUUUACUUGAGGGAACAGCCGGCUUACGCACUCACUGGAUGCACACGACGUCGGCUCGCGUCGCGGCAAUGCACAUACUGAGAUGCUAACGGGUUUGGACGCAUCGGAAGCGUGGGUGCGGGGCGUGGCAUGUUGGGGUGGCCUGCUGUGGGUAUCUUCAGGCACGGCGAUCCAGCAUGACCCACCAAGUGUGCUGGUCAGAACUGCAGUGCAAAUUAGACCAAUUUAGCUAUUAACCAUUUCAUGUAUGCGGCACGUGCUCGAUGCAAGCUGACAUCUGUUGGCACACUAGGGUGUACUGCAUGAACAUUCAUCCUUGGGGUUGUGGUUGCUGUUGUGACCAGGAAUGCCCUUGACCAUGACCUGGGCUCAAGCCUGGGCUGACGUUGCGUUGGUGGUCCAUGUGCGCGGCGGAAGGUCACAGGACACCGGCGGCGCCCGUCCUGCAACCUUGCCUGGAACCUGUCAUCUCGGACUCACAUGUUUUCAACGUUGCAAGAAGGGACAAUUUGAGUGUGUGCUAACAUGCCCAAG